UAGGCCCCGGCCAGCAGGGGCUGUGGGUACACCCCAUCCAGCCCCCUCACCGUGACCCCGUUGCCCAGCCCCUGAGACGGCAGGCUUUCUUGCGAAGCGUGAGUAUGCCCGCUGAGGCGGCCCGCAUGCCCUCGCCCCACCAUGAGCCGCGGCGGCCGGUGCUGCAGCGCCAGACCUCCAUCACUCAGACCAUCCGCAGGUACUGCACUGCCCUGGCUGCUCCUUGGGUCGUGGUCUGGGGGGUGGUGGGGCAGAGGUAGGCAUUCAGGUGGGCCCGGGAAUGGGUCAAGGGAUUUCUCCUCAAUCUUGUUGCCCAUGUCAUCCUGCCGUCCUCCUGCUCUGGGGAUCAGUCUGUCUCACCUAUCACUCUUCUCGGCAACCACCCGAGCACUUGCUUUCUCUUUCUCUGUCUCCCCUACUCCAAUGCUCUGGCCCCUGAACAGCCGGCAGGUGCGCUUUGGGCGUGUCCACACUCUGCCCCUUUUGGGUCAUCCUGCUGCCCGCAGGGCCCUCCCGCAGCGCUGGUCUCUCUCUCGGUCCCUGCUCAGGUACCUUGGCAGGGCAUGAGUGUGUUGACGUCAGCCGGCUUGUGCAUGGCUCACGGCUUCUCAGGAGCUGCGCGCAUUUGGCUUUCCCUGGGGCUCCUGAUGGCAGGAACUGGCCAUGUUUUUGCUUGCAUGUCCAAGGGCUGUGGGCAGCCUGCUUCGGCUUGCAGUGCCCACUGCCUGAGUUCUGUGGUGUUCAAGGUCGAGCUGAUGCCCCGGGCCAAGCUCUCUCUGGCCGAGUUGAGGGCUGACCUCCGAGCUCCAUCUCAGGACUCAGUGUCUCCACACAAACCCUCCUUUCUGGGUUGAGAGGCACGGCUGACUGGUUUGGAGUGAGCAAGGACAGUGAGAGCACCCAGAAGUGGCAGCGCAAGAGCAUCCGUCACUGCAGCCAGCGCUAUGGGAAGCUGAAGCCCCAGGUCAUCCGGGAGUUAGAUCUGCCUAGCCAGGACAACGUGUCGCUGACGAGCACUGAGACGCCCCCUCCCCUGUACGUGGGGCCAUGCCAGCUGGGCAUGCAGAAGAUCAUAGACCCCCUGGCCCGGGGCCGGGCCUUCCGCGUGGCAGAUGAUGCUGCUGAUGGCCUGAGCACCCCACACACGCCCGUCACGCCGGGUGCUGCCUCCCUCUGCUCCUUCUCCAGCUCCCGCUCGGGUUUUAGCCGGCUACCGCGGCGACGCAAGCGUGAGUCUGUGGCCAAGAUGAGCUUCCGGGCAGCAGCCGCGCUGGUGAAGGGCCGCUCGGUUAGGGAUGGCACAUUGCGCCGGCUGCAGCGCCGAAGCUUUACUCCCGCCAGCUUCCUGGAAGAGGACACGGCUGACUUCCCUGACGAGCUGGACACAUCCUUCUUUGCCCGGGAAGGUGUCCUCCAUGAGGAGCUGUCCACCUACCCGGAUGAGGUGUUCGAGUCCCCGUCGGAGGCGGCACUCAAAGACUGGGAGAAAGCCGCUGAGCAGGCGGACCUGACAGGCGGGGCACUCGAUCGCAGCGAGCUCGAGCGCAGCCACCUGAUGCUGCCCCUGGAACGUGGCUGGAGGAAGCAGAAGGAGGGUGGUGCGGCGGCCCCGCAGCCCAAGGUGCGGCUGCGGCAGGAGGUGGUGAGCGCGGCAGGGCAGCGGCGGGGGCAGCGCAUCGCAAUGCCGGUGCGCAAGUUCUUUGCCAGGGAGAAGCGACCGUACGGGCUCGGCAUGGUGGGCCGGCUAACUAACCGCACCUACCGCAAGCGUAUCGACAGCUAUGUCAAACGCCAGAUUGAGGACAUGGACGACCACAGGCCCUUCUUCACCUACUGGCUCACCUUUGUGCACUCGCUGGUCACCAUUUUAGCCGUGUGCAUCUAUGGCAUCGCGCCUGUGGGCUUCUCGCAGCAUGAAACAGUGGACUCGGUGCUGCGUAACCGCGGGGUCUAUGAGAACGUCAAGUAUGUGCAGCAGGAGAACUUCUGGAUCGGGCCCAGCUCGGAGGCUCUCAUUCACCUGGGUGCCAAGUUCUCGCCCUGCAUGCGUCAGGAUCCACAGGUGCACAGUUUCAUCCGCGCCGCACGCGAGCGUGAGAAGCACUCAGCCUGCUGUGUGCGCAAUGACCGGUCUGGCUGCGUGCAAACCUCAGAGGAGGAGUGCUCGUCUACCCUGGCAGUGUGGGUGAAGUGGCCCUUCCAUCCCAGCGCCCCAGACCUUGCCGGCCACAAGAGACCAUUUGGCUCUGUCUGCCACCAGGACCCCAGGGUAUGUGAUGAGCCUUCCUCCGAGGACCCCCAUGAGUGGCCAGAUGACAUCACCAAGUGGCCGAUCUGCACCAAAAAUAGUGCUGGGAACCACACCAACCACCCCCACAUGGAUUGUGUCAUCACAGGCCGGCCCUGCUGCAUCGGCACGAAGGGCAGGUGUGAGAUAACCUCACGCGAGUACUGUAACUUCAUGAGGGGCUACUUCCAUGAGGAGGCCACGCUCUGCUCUCAGGUAGGCCUCCAGGGUGAGUGUCCCUCCCCUCUGUCCCUGCCACAGUGGGUGCUGACGGGCCACUCUGCACAGGUGCACUGCAUGGAUGAUGUGUGCGGGCUCCUGCCCUUCCUCAACCCUGAGGUGCCUGACCAGUUCUACCGUCUGUGGCUGUCCCUCUUCUUGCACGCUGGGAUCCUGCACUGCCUCGUGUCCGUCUGCUUCCAGAUGACUGUCUUGCGGGACCUGGAGAAACUGGCUGGCUGGCACCGCAUCGCCAUCAUCUACUUGUUGAGCGGUGUCACCGGUAACCUUGCCAGUGCGAUCUUCUUGCCAUACCGCGCAGAGGUGGGCCCGGCCGGCUCGCAGUUUGGCAUCCUGGCCUGCCUCUUCGUGGAGCUCUUCCAGAGCUGGCAGAUCCUGGCCCGGCCCUGGCGAGCCUUCUUCAAGCUGUUGGCCGUGGUGCUUUUCCUCUUCACCUUCGGACUGCUGCCGUGGAUUGAUAACUUUGCCCACAUCUCAGGCUUCAUCAGCGGCCUCUUCCUCUCCUUCGCCUUCCUGCCUUACAUCAGCUUCGGCAAGUUCGAUCUGUACCGCAAGCGCUGCCAGAUCAUUGUCUUCCAGGUGGUCUACCUGGGCCUUCUGGCCGGCCUGGUGGUCCUUUUCUACUUCUAUCCCGUCCGCUGUGAGUGGUGCGAGUUCCUCACCUGCAUCCCUUUCACUGACAAGUUCUGUGAGAAGUAUGAGCUCGACGCCCAGCUCCACUGAGCUUGCCGGGGACAGGCAGACUGUGCACCCCAAGCCUCACAGGCCACAGGACCCCAGCUGCACGCCCUGUGUGGGGUCCUGCCCAGUUCCUGGACACUGGCCUUUUGUGCCUUGUUCACUGCUGUUGAACCUCUCUACUUCUGGGCAUUUAUCACACUAGUUCCCAUGAUUACUGUCUAACUAGUCUCUUGAUGACCGCAUAAUGUGGCCAAUAAAUGGACCGGGAGCGUUUUAGCUGCCACUGACUUGA